UGCAGCUACAACAAAAAAGCGUAACUCUCGGAUCUCGUAAAUUUAUAAGAAAUUUAAUUAUUCAACCCGCCAGCGGUCGACUGCAAUCGAAUUAAAUUAGCCCGGGGUGUGCGACUAACACAUGUGGGCCACUGCGAGUUGAUGGAUAUCGAGAUUCCCCAAGAAUUGGCCACAAUCACCGCGAAAAAGCUCAAAUUCUCCGCGCGGUGUGUGUAGUAAAAGCAAAUCGUAAAUCGUAAAUCGUACAGCGAAUGCGUGUGCGUGUGGUGGUGCUACUAUUCUGCAUAUACGUAUACUUUAGGGUGGUGCGGGCCGUGGUGCUGCAGUGCAUCCAUGUACGCUUCGAUGUGGCGGCAUUUUGAUGACGAAAUUAUUUUUGGAUAAGUGCUUGAUGAGAGUGGCCAUCAUCAGUGGAGUGGAGUCAUCACCAUCACCACCAUCGUCAGCAGAAUGGAAAGCGAGCGGCUGCGAAUCACGCUGGACAGCGCGGAUCGGGUUUACUUCGCAGGCGACGUAAUUCGCGGCGAGAUCUGGAUGAACGUGAACAAGCGCACCAAAAUACGCGCAAUCAAGGUGCAGGUCACUGGCAAGGGAAAAUGCAAGUGGAUGGAGAUCCUGCGCAAGAACUCGAACAACAACGAGUACUCCCGCAGCCUGUUCUACACGAGCAAGGAGGUGUACGAGCACAGCGAGACGCCUAUGCCGGAUUUCGAGCCGCGUGGCCUGGAACUCUCGCCCGGGGAGCACACGUUCAUCUUCGAAGUGGCGCUGGGUCGCCAGCUGCCAUCGAGUUUCAAGGGCAGCUAUGGCGCCAUCAAGUACAAGAUGCGCGUGCUCAUCCAGCGACCGUGGACCUUCGACGAGCGCCACACGAUUCCGUUCACCGUGGUGAAGAACAUGCCGCUGCAGCCAUCACAACGCAGUAUACCCAGUUCGCUGGAGAAGCAGGUGACCAAGACGAUCAGUUUGUUCGGCACCAGACCGAUCACCCUGCUGGCCCUUCUGCCGGAGGAUUUUGCGGUGCGCGGCGAACCGCUUAGGAUUUGCGCCACUGUGAUCAACAACAGCACCACCGCCGUGGAGAAACUGCGCUUCACCGUCCUGCAGUACGUGACCUACUACAGCCAUGUGCCACUGCGGGUGCAGAAGGUGGAGUGCAUCGCGGUGGCCACCAAGGAGACGGGCUCGGUGCAGAAGAAGACCGAGCGGAGCUUCGCCCACGAGCUUCUGCUACCCGAAGGAGCUCAGCCCACGGAUGAGCAGAUGAGCGGCGUCAUCACCAUUGUAUACGAGCUGCGUGUGGAGGCGGUGCUGCGGGGCUUCUUUAAGAACUUGAUCCUCAAUCUACCCUUCAAGGUGUACUCACAGGAUACGUCGAAUAGGCUGAGUUCACUGCGUCCGCCGCCACCUCCGCGGCCAAACGAUGGACCACCUGGUCCUGAUGCGGGCUCCGGCAAUCCGUUUGAGCCCGCCCUGCCGGUCUACCCCUCACUGGACUCGUCCAUUGGCUCGCCCUCGCACUCCUCGCAGUUCAGCGAGUGCAGCUCCAUCAACUCGAUAACCUCGGACUCCUCGGCGGCCACACUGAGUCCCGCCGUGGGCGGUGGAGCCAGUGGCAUGGAUAUGUCCUACACCUCGGGCUCCCAGUCGUCGCAGUACGGCAGUCCCUCGGCCAGGGCUAGCUUGCGCAGCUCCAACGUGCCCUACAUGCCCUACUCGUCCAGUCCGCUUAUGGUGCAGUCGUAUCCGCCACCCCACCUGCCCGCCUACCCGCUGCCGGAGUCGCCGCAGUACUCGCUCCUUGCCCUCACACCACCGCCGGCGGGAGUGGUCGCCGCACCGCCAGCAACAGCUGGUGGAGCAGCAGGCGGAGCACCGGGAUACAGCCAACUGCCAUCCACGUCGGCCUCAGCAUCGUUCCUGCAGCCUCGCCAGGCGCCUGGAGCCCAUGAGCUGCCACCUUCCUAUGAAGAGCUCUUCGGCCUGGCCAACGCUCCUCCGGGAACUCCAAAGUAGGGAGUGAUAGACAGUCCUGAACAGCCACCCAGUUACGUCCAAGCUUUGCCUAGACAUAGAGCUUCAGGUUUACUUUA